GGAGGUGAUGGCAACACACAAUAUCUCGCACGAGACGCUAAACUCCGAGCCCCUCCAACUCCCACCCACACCGGACUCAGAGACAAUGCACAUGAGUAGUGGUGCUACUACAAUGCACAUGAGUAGUGGUGGUACUACUACUAGCUCCCUACCUGAGGGGAACAGUUCUAUAGGGUGCCAGACUGCACUCAGCUACCCUCGUCAGGACACGCUAGUGCCGCUUACUGCCCUCUUGCAACUCGUUAACAAUUCUAUUCUUACUGUCAUGGAGAAUAUUGAGAAAGUUCUGUUAGUUAAUUCUUCAGAAGAAGGCCUGUUUUCAGUGGACGGUAUUAACACUGUGUGGAACCUGGCUAACCUAGCUAACAACAACUCUCUCGCUACUUCACCUACUAACUCAGGUCCCCUAGAGAGAUCAUCCCCCUCCACCUUUCCUGAGAGCAGAGAGUCUGAUUCAAUGGGGGAGGAACCUAACGAGGUCCAGGGAAACGACAAACUACUCCGUCCCAUCGUUAUUCAGGACCGGUUUAGAAACAGUCUGGAGAUCCCAACAAACGAAGCAGAUCCAGCAACCCAGCCUCCAGAGAAGAAGAUGUGUCCUGACACUGCAGUACCUGGUCUGGAUAACCAACAUCGUCCUCAAGCUAACUACUCCGUUCAACAGGAGGACUGCUCCCCGGGUACCCCCACCUCCCAGGACCUCCGAAGACAGGACCCCUCCCUCUCUCCCACUGUUAACGUGGCCGGAUCUCUCACUAAAUACAUAUGCCCUUACUGCUACAAAGUGUUCAACUGGAAAACAAACAUGAACAGGCACAUAUCUGUAACUCAUCUGAUGAAACCGAAACCUACCAUCAAGGUCCCGAUAAUGAGGAAAUCUAAACCGUACACCUGUCCUAUUUGUGGGAACACAUUCGCGUGGCGCAGCAACAUGAACAGACACAUUCUCCACCUCCACAAGAUCGACCACAAGCAGCUCAACAAACUCCUCCUCUCUGAUAUCCGAGGUAACGGGCAGGCUAACACGGUGCCCAACAUGAACAACCAGCCUACUGUUGUGAGCAGUGAACCUGAGUCCUACAGCUCUCUGGGGUCCCUGACCAUGCUCCCCCAGGUAAUUAACAGCUUCAAGACAGUGUCUUCCAGCCCCCCUCCCACCUCAGUAUCAAAACCUCCUUCGCUCCUAACUCCCCUGAUCAUCUUACCUUCCUUUACAGGAACCAUAAAGCUCUGCUCGAGAGUGUAAAGAAAGAACAGGUCCCUAUACACGUAAAGGAAGCCGCCCUGACCUCGUUCUACCAGAACAACAAGGGCUUGUUUGAGGGCACUACCAGCAGUGCCCCCUACACCCCCACCUCCUCCUCUAUCCUCGCCUCCCCCGCUAAUAUUGGACUCCUCACUCCCCCCAAAUCAGAACACAAGUUCUCGCCCCCCACCAGUAUGAACAACCUGUCUGCACUGUACCAGAAGGCACUGUUAGAACAGCGCGGCAUCAGCACCAGCGCCGGGGCCCCCACCACUGACAUCACCAGUAUAUACCAGAACCACCGCGCUAUGUUGGACACUGUCAGUCUCCUCUCCAAUCUCAACUCUAUGAAUGUGAGUAACGGAGGAGCUGGCUCUCUCUCUCCCGAUGUGGACGUGGGUAUAAAGUUGGAAGGAGCUGAGAAGUGAGCUGAUAAUACUCUACUACUAACUAGUAGCACUACUAAUAUAAUAAGUAGUAGCACGUUAUAACAGAUUUAUUUGAGACAUCAGAGUUGGUCUCCUCCAAGCAUGCCAGAAAGUGAGACUGAGUAGCCAGAGGGUGGACUGAUGACGUCAUAGACAUUACAGUGACGUUAAAUUUGGCAUGGUGACGUCAUUAAAGCACUGAUGAAGACUAAAACUGUAAUGAACAGAUUUUACGCAAUUAACAAACACUUAAUCGAAGUUAUAUCUGUGGUCGUUGUUUAUAAUGAUGAAGUAAUUAUUUGUGGAACUUACUGAUAAUAUCUAUCGUAUUUGUACCGGUUUGCUCGAGCUUAUAUUAUAUCGAACGUUUUCUUUUUUUAUUUUUUAGACUUUUCUACAUUUUAUAUCUACACUAUUAUACAAUGUUAGUUAAGCUUGAGGGUAUUAGACACGUGAUCUGAGUAUUGUAUUAAAAUGGGUGCAUGUUAUUUUAGGUAUCUGUUAUUUAAAUAGACUCUUCAUCAACAAAACAUAAGUUAUAGUUAGACUUAUAGUAAUUUAUAGGAAAUAUGUUGUUACAGUAGUAAAUAAGGAUAAAUUAACUGUGGUUACUUGUACCGAAUUAAUUGUUAACGUGUGGUUUUAAGGGGACCCCCCCGGCCCCCUUAAUGAAGUAACCGAUUCCUAAACUAUGUAACACUCUUGUUACAUGUAACAUAUGUAACACUCACAUUUGUAACACUCUUAUUACAUGUUAUGUAACACUCACAAUUGUAACACUGGUGACGUAUUAGUCUAUUUUUGUAACGUAAAACCUUCAUGAUUCCUGUAAACUGUAAUUCCAAGUCUGGGUAACUGAUUAAGUGAUGACGUAAUCCAAAUUAGUUAGCUAUCAUGUAUAAACAAUCUAUUAAGUAAGUUGUAAUUUGUUCUGAUAUUAUAAUUAAUUUUUAUUUGUUAUUCUACAAGUUGUAUGUGUGUAAGAUGAUUUUAAGUAAUAUAUUAUUUAUUGUGGUUGAAAAUGCGUCUAUUUUGUCAGAGUUUUCUUUAUCUCAGAACAACGUAAUUAUUAUUC